AUGAGGGUCUGCGUAGAUUAUAGAGACUUGAAUCUUGCUACACCUAAGGAUGUGUACCCCAUGCCGGUCGCGGAUAUGUUGGUAGAUGCUGUGGCAGGACAUGAGUUGUUAUCUUUCAUGGAUGGCACUGCAGGAUAUCACCAGAUUCCAGUCGCUGAAGAAGACAGACACAAGACCGCUUUCCGCUGCCCUGGAUUCGCGGGAGUUUUUGAAUAUGUGGUCAUGUCGUUUGGUCUACAGAACGCUGGUGCGACGUAUCAGAGAGCCAUGAACUUGAUCUUCCACGACAUACUGGGAAAGGUUUUAGAGGUGUACAUCGAUGAUGUGGUGGUCAAGUCUCAGAAGAAAGGGAACCACAUCGCAGAUCUCAGGAAAGUAUUUGAGUGCAAAAUCCAACCUUUCUCGCCGUUGCUGAGGUUACAAGGGCAAAAUGAGUUUGUGUGGGAGCCUAAACAUCAAGAGGCUUUCGACAGAAUCAAGGCCUACUUGGCAAGCCCGCCAGUCCUGGUUCCACCUAGAGCUGGGAUCCCAUUAAAGCUAUACAUUUCAGCAGCUGAGGCCUCCAUUGGCAGCUUGCUCGCUCAGGAUGAUGAGGGAGGUAUCGAGCAUGCUAUAUUUUACCUCAGCCGGACCUUGACAGAUUGCGAGACGAGGUACACCCCUAUGGAGAAGCUGUGCCUAACUCUGUAUUUUUCAGCGUGCAAAUUGCGGCACUACAUGUUAUCCUUUACCACCUGCAUCAUCGCUCAAACUGAUUUGAAGGCUGUCAAGGGGCAGGCCAUCGCAGAUUUUCUCGCACAUCAUCCUACGUUGGAGAUACCCACUCUGAAGGAAUUGGAAAUAGCAUCCACCACUAUGACCCGACCAGAUUUGGCGCGCAUCCCGGAAUACGCAGUUUGGUACCAAGCCACAGUCUACUUGCAGCCCUGGGUUCUAUUCUUCGAUAGCUCAAGAACCGAUACUCUGGCCGGAGCAGGGAUUGUUCUGGAAAACCCAGCCGGUGACCACUUCUCUUAUUCUUUCCAACUAGAGUUCAAAUGCACAAAUAAUCAGGCUGAAUAUGAAGCUCUUAUUAUUGGACUCGAAGUCUUAUUGGAAAUGGGCGUCCGGAACGUCCAGAUUCGCGGCGACUCUCAGCUAGUCAUAAAUCAGCUCCAGGAAAAGUAUCGAUGUGCCAGUUGGCUGCUUGUACCAUAUCUGAAUAGCGCCAUCGAGCUUCUGGACCAAUUUGACGACGUCGAUCUGGAGCAUAUUCCCCGCGAGCGCAACUUUGCAGCUAAUGAGCUCGCUCAGCUGGCCACAGGCAUCACAUUAAAGUAUCGAGUGCGCGAGCGCAUUUUGAAAGUUGAGCAUCGCACGUUACCUUCGUGGCUUGCACGACCUGAUCCACCAGAUGAGCCCAUGGUCGCGGUGCUCGAACCUAUCGAUGUGGAUUGGCGAAUCCCGCUGAUUGAGUACCUCAAACAACCAGACCCAACAGCUGCCAGGAAGAUUCGCUUUCUCGCUCUAAACUACUUCCUUAGAGGUGAUGAGUUGCGGCGACGAGGGGAAGAUGGCAUAGACUUUCGGUGUGUCUAUGGCCGCGAAGCCAAACGAUUGAUGUGUGAAGUGCACACGAGGAUAUGUGGGGCCCAUCAAGCGGCACCUAAGAUGCGAUGGCUUUUGCGACGGCAUGGUUAUUAUUGGCCCAGCAUUUUAAAGGAUUGUAUCGCAUUUGCCAAAGGCUGUGAAGAUUGUCAAGCGCAUGGUCCAGUCCAGCAUGUUCCUACCAUCCCUAUGCAGCCUAUUAUCAAACCUUGGCCUGUGCGAGGUUGGGCAUUGGACUUGAUAGGGAUGAUCCAUCCCCAUUCUUCUCUUCAACACAAGUUCAUCAUCGUCACCACUGACUACUUCACCAAAUGGGUUGAGGCAGAGCCUUUGAAGGAGGCUUCCGGUGCCACCAUUCGCCAGUUUAUUUUCGGUAACAUCCUCUGCAGUACUCCGUAUUACGCUCAAUCUAAUGGUCAAGCGAAGGCUAGCAACAAGACAAUCAUUACCUUACUGAAGAAGAUGUUGGUAGAAAACCCUCGACAAUGGCACGAUACCUUGUAUGAGACUCUUUGGGCCUAUCGCACUUCUAAACGGAAUCCCACCGUGACAACGCCAAACGCACUCAUGUUUGGUCAUGACGCUGUCUUACUGUUAGAAAUUAACGUUCACUCCCUACGCGUGCAAGAGCAGCACCAUCUGAUCGGUGAAGAUUACGUUCAGGCAAUGUGGCAGGAACACGAGGAUUUAAGCGAGCAGCGUUUGGCAGCUUUGGAUAAUUUGGUAAUGGAAAAACAGCGUAUCGCCCGCGCCUAUGAUAAGAGGACGCGUGGUCGUAGUUACAAAGAGGGCGACCUCGUCUGGAAGGCUAUUUUACCCCUCGGCGAAAAGUUAACAGGUCGCGGUAAAUGGACGCCACAAUGGGAGGGACCCUUUGUUGUCCACCGGAUCUUGGAGCGCGGGGCUUUUCACCUCAGAGAUGUCGAUGGCGACAUCCAUCGCAACUAUUAA